CUCACUCUCUACCCCCAGUCGUUAAGUUUGCGAGCAGAGGAGGAAAGAACGGCAGAGAGACCAGGGGAGGUCUGACGACACUAUCCCAGCAUACCCAGCACCUACUUUAAAUGCACACUCUGAUAAACGCAGGCAGGCUCUGAUUUACUGGAGGAACACCAAGAAAUAUAGCCAAGCUGUCACACUCCAAGACAUGUGUGCAACUUUCCCUGCCAGGACAAAAGCUUAAGAGGAGGUUUGGAAACAUACAUGUGUGUCCCGUCCAUGGCAAAAAAGUCUGCAUGAACUCUGACUGCUGGAGGUCCAACUUAAGGAUGGAGGAUACAUGUUUCAGGCUAACGUUUUCUGAUUCAGCACUUAAGAGAACAUCUAGUAAAGCAUAGAAGGAGAAACAAGAGACACAAGAAAUUUAAUCACCCUCAACAGCGCUUCCAGGCUGAUAUGAUGCUGUGGUACCACUACAGUCGUCACCUGCUGUCGCUGGCGGCGCUUCUGGUGAUUGUGAGCUGCGGAGGAGGUGAGCAACGGAGAGGGACGGACGGCAGCAGCAGUAGCAGUAAUGGAGGGAGUACUACUAGUAGUAGCAGCAGCAGCAGUAGUAAUUCCAAUAACAGACGUUUUCAUAAGAUCCAGCAUGGCCAGUGCACCUACACCUUCAUCCUACCUGAGGGAGAGGGAGCUGGAGGAGGCUCCUGCAAGGAAGCGAAGGCCAGUAGCUCGCAGUACAACGCCAACUCUCUCCAGAGGGACGCUCCACCACCUGAGCCAGACUUUCCCAGCCAGAAGAUCCAGCAGCUGGAGAACGUUAUGGAGAAUUACACCCAGUGGCUACAGAAGAUUGAGAACUACAUCAAAGAGAGUAUGAAAACAGAGAUGGCUCAGCUGCAGCAGAGUGCUGUCCACAACCACACUGCAGCCAUGUUGGAAAUGGGAACCAACCUCCUCUCUCAGACUGCUGAACAAACACGCAAACUCACUGAUGUUGAGACUCAGGUUCUGAAUCAAACAUCAAGGCUUGAGAUCCAGCUGCUGGAAAAUUCUCUUUCAACCAACAAGUUGGAGAAGCAAUUAAUGGUCCAGACCAAUGAGAUCAGCAAGCUGCAUGACAAGAACAGCUUCCUAGAGGAGAAGAUGUUAGAGAUGGAGAUGAGACACCGUGAGGAGUUAGAGACACUGAAGCAGGAAAAGGGAAGUCUCCAAAACCUCGUGGGAAGGCAGAGCGGCGUUAUCAGAGAGCUGGAAGCCCAGCUGAGCCGGGCCACAGGAAACAGCACGGCACUGCAGAGACAGCAGCAGGAGAUGAUGGACACUGUCCACAACCUGCUCAACCUCUGCUCUAAAGAUGGAGUUGUUCCUAACAGUACAAAGGUCAUGGAAGAAGAGAAGAGGUUUCGGGACUGUGCCGACCUGUACCAGGCUGGUUUCCAUAAGAAUGGCGUCUACACCAUCCACGUUAAUGCACAGGAGACCAAAAAGGUCUACUGCAGAAUGGAAACAGCCGGCGGCGGAUGGACAGUCAUCCAGCGCAGAGAAGAUGGCAGCGUGGACUUCCAGAGAACGUGGAAGGAGUACAAGAUGGGUUUUGGGACCCUGUCUGCAGAGCAUUGGUUGGGAAAUGAGUACGUUUACCAGCUGACAAACCAGAGGCAGUAUGCCCUCCGUGUAGAGCUGACCGACUGGGACGGGCUCCAAGCCUUUUCACUGUACGAUCGCUUCCAAAUAGGCAGUGAGAAGCAAAACUACAGGCUGUUCCUGAAAAGCCACAGUGGGACUGCAGGCAGACAGAGCAGUCUAGUAAUCCACGGAGCAGACUUCAGUACCAAGGACAUGGACAAUGACAACUGCAUGUGCAAAUGCGCCCUCAUGCUAACUGGUGGUUGGUGGUUUGAUGCCUGUGGCCCUUCAAACCUUAAUGGUAUGUACUUUAACCAAGGACAACACAUAGGGAAGCUGAACGGUAUCAAGUGGCACUACUUUAAGGGCCCCAGCUACUCACUUCGAGCAACAACCAUGAUGAUCCGCCCACUGGACUUCUCCUAGUCUUUUGAACUUGUGAACUCAACUUCCACACAUUAGAGGGACAUUUCCUAUUUCCUACUCUCGUCUCAUCUCAUUUUCGCUGGACAGGGGAGUCACCCAGUGAAUCUUUUCUUCAGCCUGCGCCGCUGUUGCUUCGUAACCUUUCCCGACACUGAGCUGAAAAAGCCGGCGCGAGGAGGAGGAGGAGCGCAGAUCAAGGCGCGACGCACCAGAACUGAUUUUCUGUUCCCAAGCGAUUUCACAAGCUUGAUGUUACAAAUGAGGAAGACGUUGUAAAUGCGUGAGCUUGUAGGGAAUAUUCACACAAAAUGUCGCACUUCAAUUUAUUUUCCUGGACCUGUGUUGCAAUAAUGUCAAGGACUUGAACGUUUUUUGUUUUGUUUGUAUAGCAGCUACCACAGAGCUGCGCAGACUCUAAAACUGCAGGACAGCGUUGUGACUUUUUUUGUAAUUUGUAAUUAAAAUGUUGCUAACAGAACACAGGCCAUCAGUAUCACGGUUGUGUUACAUAUUGUGUUUUUAGUAUUAUUUUUUGUUAUCCUAACUGUACUCAUGAAACUAUCUUUCGUACAGUGUAUACUGAAUUCCUGUCUGCAUUAUGGAUACUGUAAAAACUUUUAAGAUGACCUUGAAAUUCCAGUGGUGAUAUACAGUUGGUAAGAAUUAGGAAGGUCGAUUGCAGUUAUUCGCUGGCAAUUAUACACUUGUUUUUGACAGAGUGUGAUUAUUUUUAGAGUUCACCGUGUGAGGUUAUUAUUGGAUUAGAUUCUGGACUGAGAUGUAUUUGCCUUGUGUUUUUGGCCGAGAAGCAACUAACACAUGCCAAAGUUCACGAUAUGAGUGAUCACCUUACCUUUGCUGACUGUAAAAAAACAAGACAAAUAUCAUUCAAGGACAUUAAUCCCAAUGCAUAUGCGACUCUGAGGGAAAAACAUUCACAUUUGCACACUUGCUACAAGUUAUUCUUACAGAUUUACACUAUAUAUACUGUACAUAGCAUUCAGUAUAUAAUACCACAAAGCAAUUCGUUCAUAUUCACAAAGGUGUAAAUGCUUAUAUUAAGCUAGCGUCUCGAGCGAGUUGAGGUGAAAGAGGUUGUUUUUUUUUGUCCAAUAGCUUUCAUCGAAUUCCGACCUCUAAACUUUCGACAAAGAGCAGAUCAUUAGGGCGAGUUACAUCCAAAAUAUUUUCCACAGACAUCAACAUGACACAGCCACAGAAUCCAGCCAGUUUCUGUUUCUCAUCAAUUCGGCUUAAGAGAAAAAGAAGGAGUCUGGGUUGGAUAUGAAGCAUGAAAUUAAUGAUUCCACCAACUGAUCCGUGUGAACAUGUAUUUCAUAACUUCCAGCUUAAACAGAAUCUACUGUGGUGUAUUUACUAAAGGUACACGCGGCAAGAAGAUGAAGUGUAUCUGGAACUUGUAAAAUGACAAUUGACAUGUUUAUUAGCAUACUAAAAUUGUAGAAUUUAAUGGGUGUGCAUGUAAAGCAGCAUUCCUGCUUUUUUCUUUUCUUUCUUUUUUUUGCAGUUUUCACUCUGCCAGAGGUACAGUGGUGUUUUUUUUUAAGCUGAGCAUAAAACAUAGAAGUUAAAAUAAUAACCCUGGAAAAAAUGUGCCUUUGAUAACUUUGCUUUUACCUCGUUAACUUCUAGAUUUGCUGAUUUAUUUAAACAUCUUUUGUAACAUGUGGUCAGUGUUGUGUUGCUAAGAUUAAAUAAAAGCGCAUGUGAUGCACUAAUGUUUUCAAUGUGCGUUUAGGCUGGACUUUGUCAUCCAAAAAUGAUGUGAUGAUAGACAAAGGUUUAAACAAGGGGCUUCAGAAUUUAGCCCUCAUUACAUCUCCCUUUUAUUUCUCCUUUGCUUCAACAAGCCUCCUUUUACGAUAAGAUCUUUUACAGGAGUGUAAAUCUUCAUAUACAAAUGCUGUACUGUAAGCCGGGCAAAGUGAAUGUGUUGGUGCAGAAAGACACGAGAUAAAUCACGCAGAUAAACAGACGUGCUUUCAUCUUCCUUUUUUUUGAAGAACCCAACCAGAUGCUGCAGAGAUUAAAACUCUCCCUGUCCACACAGUGGAGUGGCAUUGUGCUGAGUGGUGGCUCGCUUUGCUUGCUCACUAGUGUCAAUGACAGAUUGCCAAAAGUGUCAAACGAAGCUGUCAUGACUUGUAGUGUCUCUUCAUAGUUGACAUUCCUGGGCCUAAUCAGAAUAAACAAAUUACUGCAGCCUGUGGACCACAGACUGUCCUUCAGCGCCUUCGCUGACCCAACACCCUCACUGGAAUGUGUUCUUUAGAGGCAGUGGAGUGUGAAGAGGGUCCACAAAAACCUGGCAAACACCUUUGUGGUCCUAAGUAUUGUCCUUUGUUGGUGUGAAGACAGGAGGUACUAAAGACUGGGAAGUUUUGUCUCCAGUGAUGGCUUAGGGAUGUUGAGCAAAGUGGUGUUCCUCUUGUAAUCUCCAUAUACGCACGUACACACACGCCACCAGCUUCUUACACUGACAGACAGAUUACCGCGCUGAAAAUGGAUCCUUUCCUGUUAAGUCAGAAAAAGCUAAGGGUCAACGAGGACUCCCAGAAGGAGGUGAGGACAGACGGCACUGGAGCACAACCAAAUCAGAUAUAACACAAUACAGUGCCUGCAGUAUGAACAGUCAUACCGCAGGCCUUUGAAACCCCCUGAAGAGACCACCUGCUCAACUAAAACAAAUACAAGUAAUGAGGAUUCAGAGAGAAGAAAAGUGAAUCUGAAAACAUAAGUGUAGCUGCCAU